UAAAGCGUUUAACGUGUAGAAACUGUUAAACUUGAAAGUUUUACGAGCGAUACAGGGUUAAUUGUUUUAUUAACUGCAACAUAUUAAUGUUUUAUUUGAAAGUUAUUAACGUGAUUUGUGUGAGUAAAGCGCAUCCACACGCGAGUAACGUAAACACAAAAGAACAGAAACAGUUCCACGUGACACACUUCUAAAGAUGGCGUUUGUUAAAGAGCAGAGUGAAGACAUCAGGAUUGAAGAAGUGUCCAGUCUGAAACAAGAUCCUGAGGAACAAACAGACCUGGUGUUGAAAAAAGAGAAAGAAGUACUCGGUGACAUUGAAGAGGAAGAUCAACACGACAAUCUGCAUGAUUUCACAGCUGGAAAAAAAUAUUUUAGGUGUUCACAGACUGAAAAGUUUUACAGAGGAAGAAAAGCUCAAAAGACUGGAAAAACUAAAAGGGAUUUCACUUGCCUCCGGUCUGGAGAUAGUUAUGAUCAAAAAGGAAACCUUAAAGUCCACAGUGGGGAGACCCCUUUCAGUUGCCAACACUGUGGAAAAAGUUUCAUUUAUAAAGUAAGUUUUGACAGGCAUAUAAAAAUUCAUACUAAAGAAAAACCAUUCACCUGCCAACACUGUGGAAAAAGUUUUGCUCACCAUGCAAACCUUAAAGUCCACAUGAGAAUACACACUGGUGAGAGUCCCUUCACCUGUCAACAAUGUGGAAAAAGUUUCCGUCAUCAAGGCAACCUUAGCCACCACAUGAGAAUUCACACUGGAGAAAAGCCUUACACCUGCCAACAGUGUGGAAAAAGUUUUAGACAACAAGGAAGCCUUAGCCACCACAUGAGAAUUCACACUGGAGAGAAGCCUUACACCUGCCAACAGUGUGGAAAGAGUUUCUGUCAACAUUGGAACCUUGAAGAGCACAUGAGAAUUCACACUGGAGAGAGUCCCUUCACUUGCCAACAUUGUGGAAAAAGUUUCAGUCAUCAUGGAAGCCUUAGCCACCACAUGAGAAUUCACACUGGAGAAAAGCCUUACACCUGCCAACACUGUGGAAAAAGUUUUGUUCAACAUGGAAACCUUAAAGUCCACAUGAGAAUUCACACUGGAGAAAGUCCCUACACUUGCCAACUGUGUGGAAAAGGUUUCAGUCAACAAGGAAGCCUUAGCCACCACAUGAGAAAUCACACUGGAGAGAAGCCUCACACCUGCAAUCAGUGUGGAAAGAGUUUCACUCAUAAAGCAAGCUUUAACAGGCACAAAAUAAUUCACACUAGAGAGAAGAAUCCUUUCCCCUGUCAACAGUGUGGAAAAUGUUUUGCUCAACAUUGGAAUCUUAAAGUCCACAUGAGAAUACACACUGGUGAGAGUCUCUUCACCUGCCAACAAUGCGGAAAAAGUUUCCGUCAUCAAGGAAACCUUAGCCACCACAUGAGAAUUCACACUGGAGAAAAGCCUUAUACCUGCAAACAGUGUGGACAAAGUUUCACUAGUAGAGGAAGCCUUAACUGGCACAUGACUGUUCACACUGGAGAGAAGCGUUACACAUGCCCCCAGUGUGGAAAGACUUUCCAUCAGCAUGGAAACCUUAACACCCACAUCAGAAUUCACACCGGAGAGAAGCCUUACACCUGCCAACAGUGUGGAAAAAGCUUCACUCAUAAAGGAAGCCUUGACUGGCACAUGAGAAUUCACACUGAAGAAAAGCCUUGUACCUGCCAACAUUGUGGAAAAAGUUUCAAUUAUAAAUUAAGUCUUGACCGGCAUAUAAAAAUUCACACUGGAAAAAAGCCUUAGUCCUGCCAGCAGUGUGGUGAAAGUUUUGCUCAAUGUGUAAACCUUGAUGUCCACAUGAAAAUACACACUGGAGAGAGUCCCUUCACUUGCCAACACUGGAAAAAGUUUCAGUCAUAAAGGAAUCCUUAACUUGCACAUGAGAAUUCACACUGGAGAAAAGCCUUACACCUGCAAACAAUAUGGAAACAUUUUUACUCGAUGAAGAAACCUUAAAUUUCAUAUGAUAAUACACAACUGGAGUCCCUUCACUUGCCAACAGUGUGGAAAAGUUUUGGUCAUAAAGUCACUCAUGCCAACAAAGUGUAGAUGUAGUUUCCCUCAAAAUGGAAACUUAAACUGGCACACAUGAAUUCACACAGAAUAGAAGCCUUACACCUGGCAACAGCAUUUAGAGAGUUUUACUGCGCAUGGAAACCUUAGAAUCCACGAGAAUUUGCACCACAGUAAAACCCUUACACCUCCCCCCUGCAAAGUGAGUAGAAUUGUCAAAGAUGGAUCAGUACCAACUGUUUGUCCAACUUCGUAUUCAGAACAUGUUAGUAUAGCAUGUUAUAAUUUGUGAAUGUGCUUGUUCGCACGCUGUACGGUUAAUGUGGCUUAACUUACCACUGUCUCUCACUGUAUUCAUGAAGAUCAGAGCUAUGUCGUUAGUUUUAUUUUUAAAGAAGUAAUAAUUUUACAGACCGUGAGCAUUUUGGAGUUAAAAAUCACAAGCUCUCGUCUCUGUGAAUACAGAGACAAUGGCAGCUUUAGCCACAUAAGCAUAUUCAGA